AUGCGCCGAAAGGCGUUCGAACACGUGUGCCUCUCGUGCCGACAACUGAACAACUCGUCGAGAGUGUCUGGCCGGCGCUAUGUGCAAAUCAGCGCGACUCCAGCCUCGACCGAGCAACAACAGAGCUUAGAGACGUCCACCAGUACGAGCUCAAGCCCUUCUGCUGGUAUUCUCCCUCUACUAGGAUGUAUAUUUCGAAGAUGUAGCUCACAUGUACUACCAGACGCGCGAUUCGAAGUCCUCGGCAGCCCUUUCUCGCUCCUCUCCGCCUCCAUAUCCGCUUCUCAGAACCUGUAUACGCGCAAAGGCACAUUGGUGGGAUUCAAUGGCAAGGCAGAGAACGCGGUAUCGACGUUGUCUCUGCUGGAACCUUUUCGCCGAGCCCUCCUAGGCAUCCCCUUCGUUUACCAGCGAAUAUCCUCGACUACGCCGUACACUGCUCUCAUAGCCACCAAGUCACCUAUUAAAUCUCUCGUCGUGGUACAUCUAGAUGGGCGGCUAGAUUGGAUGAUUGCGCGCCGCAAUGCUCUCCUGGCAUGGACUGGACAUACCUUGAGCUUGAAGCCAAGAUGGAAUCAAAAGAUGAGCCUGGCACAUUGGGGCAGCACAACAGUCACAGGGCGAGGCUUACUGGCACUUUCGGGCAAAGGCUUGAUACACCAAAUCACACUCAAGACUGGAGACGAAUACGUGGUACACCCUAGCAACGUCAUCGCAUACAGCAUCAUGCAACACGCACCGCAACCUUACCGCUUCAGCUCGAACAACUUGCGGUUGCAAAUACCCAACCCGUUGACGUCGCUGCCGGACACCAGAUUCUGGAGGACAAUGCGGGAAAGCACGGCCUGGAGACUUAUCAGAGAUGCUUCUUUCGCAGUCAGAACCUGGGCGAGAAGAACGAUCUGGGGUGACAGGCUGUUCCUCCACUUCCACGGGCCGGCCACCAUCCUUGUUCAAUCGAGAGCGACGGCAAUCAGCGAAGUAUUGACAAACCAGGACGUCAAUGAGAUCGCCGACAGUCCAGCUGGCGCUGUGCCGACUACACUCCACGCAAAAGCGGCCGCCGAAGAUCGCGCUUCUAUCGCAUCCAGCACACCAACCUCAAAACAACCCGAGACUUCCAUGAGCUACGCCACUGUGGGUGACAGUGGAAACGUCAAGUUCGACAAAUCUUAG